GCGGCCUCGCUCCCUACGCUCCCCCCCGCGCCGGGACCCCUGGCACCCCUGUCUCGUCUGCUCGCCGGGUCCAGCCAUGGGCCCCGCUGCUCGCCCCACGCUGAGGUCGCCCCCGCCGCCUCCUCCGCCGCCGCCGUCGCCACUGCUGCUGCUGCUGCCCCUGCUGCCGCUCUGGCUGGGCCUGGCGGGACCCGGGGCCGCGGCGGACUGCAGCGAGCCUGAGGCCCGGGCGGGGCGGGGCGGGGCCCGCGCCGUACGAGUGGACGUGAGGCUGCCGCGGCAGGACGCUCUGGUCCUGGAGGGCGUCAGGAUCGGCCCCGAGGUCGACCCCGCACCCGCGCUGGGCGGCCGCCUGCUGCUGAUGGACAUCGUGGAUGCUGAGCAGGAGGUACCCGUAGAAGGCUGGAUUGCAGUGGCAUACGUGGGCAAGGAGCAGGAGGCCCAGUUGCACCAGGAGAGUCAGGGCAGCGGUCCCCAGGCCUAUCCCAAGGCCCUGGUCCAGCAGAUGCGGAGGGCACUCUUCCUGGGAGCCUCUGCCCUGCUCCUCCUCAUCUUGAACCACAACGUGGUCCGAGAGCUAGAUAUAUCGCAGCUUCUGCUCAGGCCAGUGAUUGUCCUCCAUUACUCUUCCAAUGUCACCAAGCUGUUGGAGGCACUGCUGCAGACGACUCAGGCCACAGCCGAGAUCACUAGCGGAGAGUCGCUGUCAGCCAACAUCGAGUGGAAGCUGACCCUGUGGACCACCUGUGGCCUCUCCAAGGAUGGCUACGGAGGAUGGCAGGACUUGGUGUGCCUGGGAGGCAGUCGGGCCCAGGAGCAGAAGCCCCUGCAGCAGCUGUGGAACGCCAUCCUGCUGGUGGCCAUGCUCCUGUGCACAGGCCUCGUGGUCCAGGCCCAGCGGCAGGCGGCCAGGCAGAGCCAGCAGGAACCUGGAGGCCAGGUGGACCUUCUCAAGCUCCGCGUGCUUCGGAGACUGGCAUCCCUGAAGACCCGGCGCUGCCGUCUGGGCCGCGCAGCCCAGGGCCCCCCAGAACCAGGUGCUGAGACCUGCGCCGUGUGUUUGGACUACUUCUGCAAUAAGCAGUGGCUCCGGGUGCUGCCCUGCAAGCAUGAGUUUCACCGAGACUGCGUGGACCCCUGGCUGAUGCUCCAGCAGACUUGCCCGCUAUGCAAAUUCAACGUCCUGGGUAAGCACCAGGGGUGGGGGCCCUUGGCCAGCUCUCCCUGCUCGCUCCCCACCUGACAUCUCCCUCCUGGUGUUUUCUUGCUCCCAUGCAGGGAACCGCUACUCAGACGAUUAGCUGCCCAAGCUGGGUCUCUGCAUGUGGGCAAAGGACCCUCCCACCUGCACCCUGGCCCUAGGCCUGGGCUCCUGGAACAGAACAGCGGGAUGGACAGGAAGGCGGUGGGAGGAAGGACAGGGGCCUCCCCUGCUGAGGGGCCAGGCACCCCAUCAUAUUCAUUCUGGGAAGGAGGGACCACACUCCCCAGUCUGAGGAUGCAGGGUCUGGACCUGCCAACUCAAGAAAGAGAAGCCACCUUGGGGCCCUUCUUCUACCAUCCUGGAAUGUCUGUGUCUGCCCUCCUCGCAGGCAGCUCCCAGGACCCUGGGCAGGGGCCCCAGGGAAGAAGGGGGUGGGGCAGCGCAGCUGGUCCCAGGGCUUUGGUGCCUCUCUGACCUGCCUGUCGGGGCAUCCCUGGGGACUGAGGCUGCGGUGGCUGGUCGGGUUUUGUGCUUAUUUAUUGGGCGCUGGGUUGUGGGAGGAUCCCGGCCUGUCUUUCAGGACACAUCUUGGUCAAGGCUAUGAUGUUCAACCCAGAGGCCCCUCCCCUGAUAGCGCCCUCAGCCCUUGGACACGAGGGGCAGCAAGUACUGCCUGUCCAGCUGGACUCCCUCCCCAGGCCUGGCUGGGACCAGAGGCCUCAGAAGCCAUCCAGUCCUGUGCUGCUUGGCCAGGCUACAGGUUGCUGACCAGAGUACUUGAAGCUGCAGGAUAAACGUGGUGCAUCUUUUAGGGGCAGCUGGGUUUUUUAAGAUUUGGAGUAGGGGAGGUUUAAUACUGAAGUAAACAUGGAUAUAUUUUAACAUAAAGAGAUCAGAUUUGUGUGGAUGUCUUAAGACAGAAAAGUCGCCUUGGGCUCUACAGCCUGUGAGGGGGGAUUCUAAGACAGGCUUCAAGAUACCCCACCCCCAGCCCUCAUGGACACGCCUUGUUGUAAACCUGCAAUGGGGAGUGUAAUAGAUGUUACCCCCAUGAUGAGGUUAUAUGGCACAGUUGAUCUUAAGAUAGGGAAAGUAUCCAAGAGGGCCUGACCUAACCACGAGAGCCCAUUAGAAGCAGAGAGUUUUCACUGGCCCGGUGGAAGAAGAGGAAGUCAGAAAGUUGAAGCAAGAAGGGCAUUCAGUGUGUGAGAAAUUCUCUGUUGCUGACUUGAAGAUGGAAGGGGCCACAUGGCAAGGAAGGCAGACAGCUUCCGAGCGCUAAGAGUGGCCCCUGCUGACAGCAGCCAUUGGGGAGGUGGAGCUCAGUCCUACAGCUGCAAGGAUCAGAAUUCUGCCAGUGGUCAGAAUGAGCCUGGGAGCGGGUCCUUUCCAAGAGCUGUCAGAAAGGAAUGUAACCUGGCAGAUACUUUGACAUGAGUCUUCUAAGAUUCUGAAUGGAAAACCCAGAUACAGGGCCUGAACUCCUGACCUCCAGAACUGUGAGCAGAGGGGAGAUGAGCUGUGAUUGGUCCUACCCUGGACUUGGACCCACGUGUCUUGCCUCAGAGACCCCACCCCAAGGGCUGGCUUUUGCCCGUGAGGGCCAGGGCAUCCCAGCCUCCCUCCACAAUGCCAGGCUCCACAGAAGCUGAAGUUGGGCAGAUAGCGGCCAUGCCCAUUUAGCUACAAAUAUGGCCCCUCUUGACCUUUCUCAUAAACUGAGGCACUCUAUCUGCUGGCCUCCUCGCCCGGGGAAGAUGUCACAGGAAGCUGGGAGUGCCCACCCUGAGAAGUCCUCAGCAAGGCCUUAGAGCCUGUCCUUCACUGCUGAGGCGACCCAGGGCAGUCUGGAGGCUUCGUGGAGAGAACUGGACUGUGGGCCUGGCAUGGCUGGGUGGCAUGAGUGCCAGGGCCCAAGAGACAGGCCUGGGAAAUCCAGGGCUUGCUGGGGGUCCUGCUGUCUGGUUAGGUGAGGCCUUGCCCUGCCUUCUAGGGAUCCAACCUCCCAGAUUUAGAAAAAUCCUUUUGACAAACUCACAUUCCCUGAAGGUGAAUAGUUUCUUAGUAAAAAGGACAACUGACUUUCUUGGGUCCUUAAUGUCCCCAUCCUGGGUUCAGAGCUGGGGGUAGGAGGCCCUAGAGCCGGGAACCCCUUCUCUGACUCCUUCCUCACCAGGCCUACCUUGGCAGCUGCUCUCUUUCUCUGACCUACCCCUACCCUGACCCUACUACUCUCCAUGGGUAGGGGUCGCUGAGUCUGUCACCCUUUUGUGCUUGCUCUGGGAAUCAAAAGACUACCUUUCACCUGGCCCAGGUGCUAAAGCUUCUUGCUAUCCUUUGUGUGCCCUCUUUUCCCACUGUCCUGUCAGGACAGUGUGCUAGGCCUCUGCCGGCAGACGACCUACAUGGCUGGGGACUCAGUGGUCCCCACCCAGAAUGUGGGAGGAAGGACUCUGCCUCUGGCUCAGCCAGUGAUAUGAGGCCAAGGGUGCUGUGGGCAGAUGGCCGGGGCUUUAUUUUAUGGAACGGGU